AUGGAGAAGGCGAAGGGAAAUGCUCUUGGUGAAACCUGGUACCAGCUUCCCAAGUCUAAGAAGUGCGAACUCAUAAAGCAGAUCGUGCAAAUAGAGGCCAAAUUAGCAGCAUUUGCCUUCCCAGAGCAUGGAUGCAUAUAUUACACAAAAGAUCUACCUUUGAAGUAUCGACCCAAAAGCCAAACAGCCCUCCAAGGGGAUGAUACGAACAAGUUUUGCAUUGGCCCGGUGGUGGAUCCAGGACUUUGGUCUGACGGGCGCUCCAAUUUACCGCUAUCUCGGGGCCCUUGGCAUGCACUAACCGAUUAUGCGAGAAGCAUCGGUACAAAUGGGAGGGCGUGGGCAUUGCAACAUGCACAGCCACGGAUAAACUAUUUUCGAAGCAAUACAGACCGCGAGAUGCCCCAUGAAUACCUAGAUCUCAUUGACAAAUACUUGGAGGUUGUCCCUCGCUUAACACGUCAUAAACCUGAAAUUGCUGACCUUCUACAGCCGACAGUAUGGCAUCACGAUCUAUACCUUAACAACAUCUAUGUAGAUGCCGCUUCUGACGAGGUCACUCAUAUCAUUGAUUGGCAGGGUGUGAAAGUUGCCCCUCUAAUAUUACAAGCCAGGAUACCUCGAAUGGUCCGGCACUCCAGCCCAGUUCCGCUUGGUGUUAUUAUGCCAGAACGGCCAGAUGAUUAUGAGAAUUUACCAGAGGCAGACAAGCUUCGAGCAGAUAAGCUUUAUGAGAGUGCUAUAUGCCAUAAACUUUACGAAGUUUUCUCAAUCAAGCAAAAUCCAAGACAUUAUGCUGCUAUCUGCCAUAAUGAUACCUGGCAAACGCCUCACAUUAAACCAAUCAAGUCGAUCAAUGAGGCUUGGUCGAAUAGAGAAGUUUUCACUAUCCGCUCAUCAUUGAUGGGCGUGGUGGAUCACUGGUCGGAACUGUCACCCGGAAGUCCCUGUCCCAUUUCUUUUAGCGAAGAUGAAAAACAAGCACACAACGAAGAAAUAGACAACCGUGACUACCUUGAUCAGCUUAUAGAAGUGUACCAAAAUGCGGGUAUCUUGCCGGCUGAUGGAGUUGUUGAUCCGGAGGACUAUGAUAUCUUGCACGAAUCAAGCUACCUACAGAAAGAGAAAUUCUUAUCGCUAGCGGAGGAUGACGAGCAAAGGGAGUGGCUAAACAAAAUAUGGCCAUACCAGGAUCGCCCUGUUGAUGCAUAA